GAACAAGCCUGAAGCUUGCCUUCCCGCCAAAUUCUCAUCGGUCUUGUUUUUGAGAUUAGAUGCUUUAAUUUAUCCAGAUAUUUUGUACAUAUGUUACGUGUUUUCGCAUAAUUCAUCGAAGAAAUGGAUGCUGCUCCUUCACAAGCUACUCAAGCACGCGUACGAGAUGAAGUCGGGGUCAAGUGUCAAAAGUUAUUCCAAGAUUUCCUGGAGAGAUUUAAGGAAUUUGAAGUCAUUAAGUAUCUGGAACCAGCUAAAGAACUUGUUAGUCCAGAACGCUGUACACUAGAGGUAUCUUUUGAUGAUGUAGAAGCAUUUAAUCAGAUGCUUGCUACAACUAUAAUUGAAGAAUACUACAGAGUUUAUCCAUUUUUAUGUCAGGCAGUAUGCAACUUUGUUAAGGAUGUGGGAAAUUUACAAAAGGAUAAGGAAUGUUAUAUCAGUUUCAUUGAAGUACCUAUUAGACAUAAAUUAAGAGAGUUGAAUACAUCGCUGUUGGGUACUUUGAGUCGUAUAUCUGGACAAGUGGUACGAACACAUCCUGUUCAUCCAGAAUUAAUUCUUGGCACAUUUAUUUGUAUGGACUGUAAUGCAUACAUAAAAAAUGUGGAACAACAAUUUAAGUUUACUAACCCAACAAUCUGUUCUAAUCCAGUAUGUAGUAACAGACGCCGUUUCUUAUUGGAUGUGGAUAAUUCGGUGUUUGUUGACUUUCAAAAAGUUAGGAUUCAAGAAACACAGGCUGAACUUCCUCGAGGCUCUAUACCUCGUUCUCUUGAAGUUAUUCUGAGAUCUGAGAUAGUUGAGACAGUGCAAGCUGGUGACAGGUAUGAUUUUAUAGGAAAUCUUAUAGUAGUACCAGAUGUAGGAGCAUUAACUUUACCGAGUGCUAAAGCAGAAAUUGGACCAAAAACCAGAAAUAAUGAUCAGAGAGAGGGUGUAACUGGUCUUAAAGCACUUGGUGUUAGAGAACUUACAUAUAAAAUGGCAUUUCUCGCCUGUAGCAUUACCAAUACAAGUGCAAGGUUUGGAGGUACAGACACAAUGGAGGAAAUUUCUCAAGAAGCAAUGAAAAAACGAAUGACAGAAGCGGAAUGGAAUCGCAUUUAUGAAAUGAGUCGUGAUAAAAAUCUGUACACAAAUAUAGUUUCCAGUCUCUUUCCUGCUAUACACGGCAACGACGAGAUUAAAGGGAUAACAUUGAUGUUCUUUGGCGGUGUAGCGAAAACUACUGAGGAGGGCACGUCGUUAAGAGGAGAUAUCAAUGUCUGCAUCGUUGGUGAUCCCAGUACCGCAAAAUCACAAUUUCUUAAAUGUGUAGCCGAUCUCUCACCCAGAGCAAUUUACACGUCUGGAAAGGCAUCGAGUGCAGCUGGUUUAACAGCUGCAGUUGUACGAGACGAGGAAUCUUCAGACUUUGUUAUAGAAGCUGGGGCAUUGAUGCUUGCGGAUCAUGGCAUCUGUUGUAUUGAUGAAUUCGAUAAAAUGGAUCCGAAGGAUCAGGUCGCAAUUCACGAAGCUAUGGAACAGCAAACAAUUUCGAUAACUAAGGCUGGCGUGAGAGCAACUUUAAAUGCACGAACUUCUAUACUAGCGGCGGCAAAUCCCAUUGGAGGACGAUACGACAGGAGAAAAUCAUUACAGCAAAAUGUGCAGUUAACCGCACCUAUUAUGUCGAGAUUUGAUUUGUUCUUUGUAGUGCUAGACGAAUGUAACGAAAUCGUCGAUAAUGCGAUUGCUAAGAGAAUCAUAGAUCUACAUUGCGAAAACUUAAAUGAUAUUCAAGUGAUAUACCAACAAGAUGAAAUUAUCAGAUAUAUUAAUUUUGCUAAACAGUUUAAACCUAUUUUAAGUGAGGAAGCUGCUGAGCUUUUAGUUGAAAAUUACACAAUUCUCAGACAGAGAACAGGUAGCGGAAGUGGCAAAUGGAGAGUCACUGUGAGGCAAUUAGAGAGCAUGAUUAGAUUAUCUGAAGCAUUGGCAAAGAUAGAAUGCAUGGAUAAGGUGACAGUGAAACAUAUUAAAGAGGCAAAACGGUUGUUACAAAAAAGUAUAAUUACAGUAGAACAACCUGAUGUAGAUCUCGAAGAAGGUAAUGAUGCAAACUUGGGAAUGGAUGUCGAUGAGCCACCACCGCUUAUGGCGGCAUUUACUGCAAGAAACGGCGAUGACGCACCGCCUUCAACACCAUCCAACGGAAUGCGCGAACCGCCAAAGAAAAAAUUAACUAUGUCUUUUGAGGAGUAUAAAAAUCUAUCGAACAUGUUAGUUCUUUAUAUGAGAAGCGAGGAAAAUCGUGUUGAGAGCGAAGAUGACAAUAAAGGCGGCAUACGGAAAUCCGAAUUAAUUGCAUGGUAUCUUGAUCAAAUACAAGAUCAACUAGAUUCAGAAGAAGAGUUACUAGAACGGAAAAAUUUUAUUGAGAAGAUUAUUGAUAGACUGACGUACCAUGAUCAAAUUAUAAUACCUUUAACAACAACCAGCUUGAAAAGCAGAGGUGAAGGUGAAGAAGAAGAGGAUCCUUUACUCGUCGUUCAUCCCAAUUACGUUAUGGAUAUAUAAUUUUACACAUUCAGUAUAUUAUACUGCGAUGAAGUGCCUUCAAGUGAAAGAAAAAACGAAUUAUUAUUUUAUAAAAAAAAGAUACGUUUUAGAAUUUUAGUCUUUUAUUUAAUGUAUUGAUCGUAUUUUUUUAAUCUGAAUCCUGUAAAUGUUAUAAACUUUACAGAAUUAUUUUCAACUAUUGUGACGAUGAUAAAAACACAUUUUUAUAAUAUUAUUAAAGCAUUAAUUUAUUCCUUAUAAUCCAUUUAAAUAUCUCAACAUGGGAAGCUAAACAACUUGUGUGCUAUGACUUCAUAUUUAGUAUUACUCAUAUAUAAAGCAAAUAAACCAAUCUAAUUAUAACGUGUC